AUGAUAAACCCGGAAAUAAACCCUGGUGUCGGAUGAAAUCUCUCUUUAGUGUUUAAGUGUAUAUUUACAUUGCUGAUUACGGUGUGCACGUCUUUGAAGUUAGGUUGUGAUCAGUCAUGCAAGUGACUCGGAGUCAGAUGUUGCAGUUUCUUUGUCUACUGUUCUGCGCAUCAUUUAUCGAGACGCGAUAUACACCCGACUGGGCCAGUUUGGACUCCAGACCUCUGCCUGAAUGGUACGACGAGGUGAAGUUCGGGAUCUUCGUUCACUGGGGGGUGUUUUCAGUGCCCGCGUUCGGCAGCGAGUGGUUCUGGUGGAACUGGAAGGGCGCAGAAAAUCCCGCCUAUGUCCAGUUCAUGAGCAAAAACCCGCCUGGAUUCAGCUACCCAUAUGGGUUUGCACCUGAUUUCCAUGCGCAGUUUUUUGAUCCCGACCAGUGGGCUGAUAUCUUCGAGGCUUCUGGAGCAAAAUAUGUGGUCCUCACAUCCAAACACCACGAAGGCUUUACAAACUGGGGGUCCCCGAACUCCUGGAACUGGAAUUCUGUUGAUACUGGACCUCACAGGGAUCUUGUUGCAGAUUUGGGUGCUGCGAUAAGAAAGAGGUCUCUGCAUUAUGGACUGUACAGCUCACUGUAUGAAUGGUUCAAUCCCCUCUACCUGAGUGACAAGCAGUCUGGUUUUAAGACCCAGGAGUUUGUUGAAAGAAAAGUCAUGCCAGAACUCCACAAUCUGGUUAACAGGUACAAGCCGGACUUGAUUUGGUCAGAUGGGGACUGGGAAGCACCUGACACUUAUUGGAACUCUACAGGAUUCCUAGCCUGGCUCUACAACGACAGUCCAGUCAAGGAUGUGGUGGUGACCAAUGACAGAUGGGGGGCGGGCUGUUAUUGUAAACAUGGAGGUUAUUACAACUGUGCUGACAAGUACACUCCUGAACAGCCUCCCAAACACAAGUGGGAGAAAUGCCAGUCAGUGGACACAUUAUCAUGGGGGUAUCGGCGAAAUAUAAAGCUAAGCGAUCUGAUGGAUCUACCAACCAUUAUAAAGGACAUGGUCUACGUGGUGGCAUUAGGGGGGAAUUACCUGUUAAAUGUGGGGCCCACAGCAGACGGCACGAUAGCACCUGUCUUUGAGGAACGUCUCAGAGGGAUUGGAGCCUGGAUGAAGGUCAAUGGUGAAGCCAUCUAUGCAACUAAGCCUUGGAGAGUUCAGGCUGAGAAUGCUACAGUUCCUGUCUGGUAUACGUCAAAACACAGCACUGUGUAUGCGAUAUUCACCUCCAAUCCCAUGCAGACCACCUUUAUGCUUUCAGCGCCCAAAACCUCAUACAACACAGUGGUGACUUUGUUGGGGAACCCUGAGCCUCUGAAAUGGGCUCCUCUGGAAACAUCAGGAUUUAUUGUUGUGCUGCCCGAUCUACCCUUCUCACCCGCUGAAGCCUGGACCCUCAAGCUGGAUAAGGUGGCCUAAAGCCUUUAAACCAUUUUGUAGAUUUUAAUGAGACUCUCAGGGAUGUGAUUUUCCUUUUUGAAGAGUAUUGCACAUGUGAAUGGCCUUAAAGCAUUUCACAGUUUGCUUAAUAACUGUUUGUUUACAAAUGCAUUCAUGCAUCUGUAUGCAUGGAUUGCUCCCAACCUAGCAGUUGUGUGCAGAAAACCUUUAGCAUUUCAGUCAAGCACCAAAUGAGAGUAAAAAUUGUUGAUGGUGAGUAUAUUAAACUCUACACACAGUUGAUGUGAUUUAUCAAAUCUCUAAGGCUUUGAUUUUAAUUUCCAUCUUCUCCAAAUUUUAAAAUCAAAACAGCAUUGUAUUGUAAUUUUCCAGUUCACUGUUAUUAUUACAAUAGUAAUAUAGUUAGGGGCCAAAAACUUGGGGGUGCUUUUGUGACUUUUUGUGUGCCUUAAUAUGCUCAAAAACUGAAAAUUGGCACACAUGUUGGAAUACGUGGGCAUCAGGGAAACUGGAAAAUGUAUUAUAACUUCCUCAUACAUGGUCGGGUUUUGAUCAAACUUCACUGAUUUGUUUGUUGUAUGAGGCUGAUCACAGAUGUAACUAUUAGAAGUCAAAGUUUUAGGGCCACAAACUGGCAGCAGGAAGAAUGUCAUUUUUAAAAUGCUUCUUUUACUCGAUUUGCUUCAGACUUCAUCAGAAUAAUGUCAAAACCCUACAAGUGUAAAACUGGAUUGUUUUCAUACUCUUCCUAGGACAAUCAUGCAAUUCACACCAAGCUUUGUCAACAUGAUGUCAACAGAUUAAAGAUGCUAAAUUGGGAACUUUUUUUUGGAUAUCUUGAAUGUUGUUGUAAUUGUGAUUUAUUAAAGGGCAAAUAAGGGAAAGUGCAUUAUCAAAACGUUAUACAUACAGAGAACAAGUCAUUCUGAUUAAACUUGCUUAGUUUCAUGAAUUUACAAUGCUCUUGGUUCUAAUAGCAAAUUAAAAACAUUAGACAUUUCAAAUGUACAAACAUUUGUACUGUACACACUAAAAAACGCUGGGUUAAAAACAACCCAACUUGGGUUAUUUUGACCCAGCAUGUUGGGUUAAAUGUUUUUACCACACAUGAUGGGUUGUUUUAUUAAAGUCAACUAUUGUUUAAACAUUAUUAUAUUGCUGGCUUAAAAUGGACUGGAACUUAAAAAGAACACACAGAAUUACUAGAGGCAACAGAAAUAAUCAAUAAUAAUAAUCUGGGUAAAAAAUAUUAAAAAUAACCCAAUCAAAUGACCAAACAAGCAUUUGGGUUAAAAAAAUAACCCAGCACCUGGGUAAAAAUAUUGAAAUCAACCCAGUAAAAUGACCCAAUAGGCUGAACCCAGCACCCAGCAAAAAUGCCCCAGCAUUUUUUUUUUUAGAGUGUGCUGGUAAUAUAAUUUUAUAUAAUUGUUUCACAAAUGCUUAAAGACAAAUUUUCCUGAUGCCACCUGGGGCUUGGGCGCGUCAUCGCUGCUAGCAGCUAUAUAAACAUGUUUCUUUGAUUUUUUUUUUUUUUUUUUUUUUUUUUUUACUGCACUGAUCACAUUUUUGUAAUGAAUUUGUUUUAAGAAAGUUUUGUAUAAAGUUUUUAUUGUAUAGAAUUUGAUUGC